AAAUUGGGUCCACCUGUGGCCCGUGACGUUUUAGAAACUGACUUUGACUACGUCGUAAUUUCCUAAACUUGUGAUGAAAUAUGGAAACUACACUCUAGAGCUUUCCAAAGAUGUAUAGUUUGUCAAGGUUUUUAGGUUUUGGGGUAUUAGUGUUAUAAAUAUGUAAAAACAAUGUGGGCCUGCUUGACCUUUUAGAAAAUGACUCGCACUAUGUCAAUCUUUUCCCAAAAUGAUGAUGAUAAAUGAAAACUACACUCUUAGAGCUUUCCAUUGAUAUACAGUUGGUCAUGAUUGGAUAAGAAUUCAUGCAAAACACUGAAGUAAUUGUAAGCCCACUGUUGGGACAGGACAUUUAGCAGGAUAUAAAUCUUUUGAAGCACACUCUCUUCAUAAAUGAAUCAAUUACUCUCCCUACAUAAUUUAUUGUAUAAAACACUGCUGAAAUAUGUAUUCUAGAUGCUUCGACCUUUCCAAACAUAUAUAGUUUGUCAUGAUUCAACAAACAUUUACAUCCAAAAUAGUAAACCUAGGUGUUCCUCUACGACAGUUAAGUGGUUAAACUAUUUCUAUGGCGCACAAGGUGAUGUCACAGUAAAAGUGACGCUAAUGGAACUGUAAGCAUGUGUGAUUAUUUCGUCACUGUAAGAGGGCUAUAUAAGACCGCGCGAAUUCCAGAAAAUUUGUGGGUUUAAAGUUAGGAGAUUUUGGUUGACGUUGCUGUUGCUCUUCAUUGCUAUUUCGUUGUAUUUCGUUUUUUAGUUUAAUUUGUGUGUUUUGCGUGUUGUUGUUUUGUUUUGAGCGUGUGUUAGUUAGCUUUUGGUGUGUUUCGUGUGUUUGUUUUUUAUUUCUUUUUUUUCUCAAUGAUUUAUAGACGGCCAAAAAAGCCCGCUGCGGUUAGCCGGCCAUUCCGGCUAAUCGCGCGGGUUUUUUUGGCCAUGUACAAUUGGCUGGUCUCUUUCUUGGGACGCCAGCCUAGCGGUAAACCGAAGGUCCACCGCGGACAAUACAGCAGGCGUCCUCGGAUGCCAGCUGUGGAGUCCGCGGUGAUGCCGGUUCACCGUAUUUCGGACACCGCGAGAGAGACCUGUCCAGUGUUUCAAGCCCAGAAACUUGUUUCAAAGUUUUCUGCGGCAUCAAACGAAGGCGGUCUCAGUAAAGGACCUUCUAUGAGCUAUCCAGGAUCCCUGGGACUAACUCCUCACAAGCCUCCCACUUGUGCUUCACAGCCAAGUGGGACAAAGCUAGUUGAGGAGUUCCCUCCAGGAGGUCUGUUGGAGGCUCAAGAAGGUUCUGUGUCCCGCGGUUUGUCCAGGGGAGUCUGUUUUGGACAGCCCAAUGGGCGAAGGUCAGGCCCGGGCAGGAUUCAGUCUGCGAAAAUCUCGCAGACUGUUACUGUGACAUGUGAGGAGGUGGAUGCGAGCUUUAGGCAAUCUAAUGCUCCACCAGUACGCCCCCUCAUAUGUCCGGUACCUGCCCGGGUUACCAGACGACCCAUGGCCGCUCGUCCGCCGGUCCGGUCCUCAGAGGACAUCUGUUCAGCUCAGCCUGAGGCUGGGUCCGCGGGUGCGACUGGCAGAGGGCCGCCAGAGGGCCGGCAGAGGGCAGGUCCCGGUCCCGCCCGCUCCUCUGGGGGUCGCGCCCGCUCCUCUGGGGGUCCCGCCCCUCAGCUGGUCGUGCCGUCGGCCGGUCCACAGCGGGUGCUGCCGUCGGCCGGUCCUUUGCCGGUCCUGCCGACGGCCGCUCCGUUGCUGGUCCUGCCGACGGCAACUGCUGAGCAGGUCCAGAACUCAGAGGAAAUCUCAGGUUCAGCUCAGCCUGAGGCUGGGUCCGCGGGUGCGACUGGCAGAGGGCCGCCAGAGGGCCGGCAGGGGGCAGGUCCCGGUCGUGCCCGCUCCUCUGGGGGUUGCUCCUGCUCCUCUGGGGGCCGCACCCGCUCCUCUGGGGGUCGCGCCCGCUCCUCUGGGGGUCGCGCCCGCUCCUCUGGGGGUCCCGCCCCUCAGCCGGUUGUGCCGUCGGCCGGUCCACAGCGGGUGCUGCCGUCGGCCGGUCCUUUGCCGGUCCUGCCGACGGCCGCUCCGUUGCUGGUCCUGCCGACGGCAACUGCUGAGCAGGUCCAGAACUCAGAGGACAUCUGUUCUGCUCAGCCUGAGGCUGGGUCCGCGGGUGCGACUGGCAGAGGGCCGCCAGAGGGCCGGCAGGGGGCAGGUCCCGGUCCCGCCCGCUCCUCUGGCGGUCGCGCCCGCUCCUCUGGGGGCCGCAACCGCUCCUCUGGCGGUCGCGCCCGCUCCUCUGGCGGUCGCGCCCGCUCCUCUGAGGGCCGCAACCGCUCCUCUGGGGGUACCGCCCCUCAGCCGGUCGUGCCGUUGGCCGGUCCACAGCGGGUGCUGCCGUCGGCCGGUCCUUUGCCGGUCCUGCCGACGGCCGCUCCGUUGCUGGUCCUGCCGACGGCAACUGCUGAGCAGGUCCAGAACUCAGAGGACAUCUCUCAGCCUGAGACUGGGUCUGUGGGUGCAACUGGCAGAGGGCCGCCAGAGGGCCGGCAGAGGGCAGGUCCCGGACGCUCCCGCUCCUCUGGCGGUCGCGCCCGCUCCUCUGGUGGUCGCGCCCGCUUCUCUGGGGUCCGCGCCCGCUCCUCUGGGGGCCAUGCCCGCUCCUCUGGGGGCCGUGCCCGCUCCUCUGGGGGUCCCGCCCCUCCGCGGUGUCUGAUGAUGGCCGGACCGUUGCCGGUUAUCUUCCCGCCUGCUCCUCAGCAGGUCUUAACGUGGCCCGGUCCUCUGCCGGUUCCACCGGGGGCUGCUCCGGCCACUUCUCGCUGUACUUCAGUAGCUCAACCUUCCCCUCCACAAGUGCAGCCAGCACCAGCAGCACGUGCGUCCCUCAAGCGCCGUGCUGCUGCUAUGUCACAGCCACACACAAUUGAUGAGGGGGAGGUUGAGGCAAAAAAAGCCAGAAGGACUGUAGCUCAGCCUUCAACCUCAGUCUCAGAGCAAAAGAAGAAGAAGAAAAGAGAAAAGAGAAGGCUCCAAAGACAGAAAAGACGGGCGGCAAAGUCCGCUCAACCUUCCCUUCCACAAGUGCAGCCAGCAUCAGCAUGUGCGCCCCACAAGCGCCAUGCUGAUGCUGUGUCGCAGGAGAUACAGACAAGAAAAAGGGCGAGAACCAUGCCCCCAGCUCAACCUUCCUCUCCAAAAGUGCAGCCAGCACCAGGGCCUUCAGCUGUCCUUUCAGAGCAAAAAAGAAGAAAAAGACAGAAAAGAAGGCAAAGGCAAAGGCGAAAUCGGGCUAUUCAACGUGCACUUCAAGCCCAGAGGAGUGCAUCUCUCCAGGCUUCGUCUAGCACUGCGGUCUCACAGCCAUGAAGAGACUGACAGACCCAGCUCCGGUUCAGUGUGAUGCUCAAUGAUGACUGCAGCCAUAGAGUCAACCAGAAGCAAUGAAAUCUGUGAUGAUCAAAGCCUUUAACUUUGCAUCCCAUGAUCUGUGACGCCAUUGCAUUCAUUUUGUCAUCUUACAUCCAGCUGAGAGGGACUUUCGGCCACAUAAAAAUAUUCAGAUAAUCAUCCCAUCAUAUUUUAAUUCUCAUGAUGUAUUUUAAGUACUAAUGUAAAAUUAUGUUUAUGGUUUUAUUAUUUUCACAGAUAAGUGAUGCGGUGUGAGGAUGAGACCUUCCACAUGCUCCUGAACUGUGAUGCAGAAACGAAAUCGGAGGAUUUAUCUGUCUCUGACCACAACUACACCUCAAAAUCACAGCUGAACCUGAAGCCACCUACAUCUGAUAUGAGACAACAGGGCUGUUUUCCAGACAGGGCUUAUUCUAGUACCAGACUAAAAUGCAAAUGUGAGCUGCCAUCAUUUUGUACUGACAUCUCAACAUAUAUCAGUGCCAUUGUUUUGUCUCAAGAUGCACACCAGUAUUGUUUUUAAUAUUGUUUUAAACUACUUAAAUUUGGUCAUAUUUUUUGUCAACUAACGACAUAUUAAAACAUUUUAUUUGAUUAAGGGGCUAAAGAGGGAUUAGAUUAAUCCAGAACCAUCCCUGGUUGUGUCGAUGACAUGCUUGUCCUCACUACGGCACGCCUCUUACGCUAUUGUUUCUGCGUCUUGUUCACACAGAAUGCUUUACGAUACGGCAAUGUUACUAAGUGCUCUUUACGGAGCGAUCCCAGAACAUUUACAGGACGUGUUUGUGUUCAAACAGAAGCCUCUAUGCCAAUUUUACGAAAAGUUUCUUGGACCAAAGUGCUGGGGUUUAAGUCGGUCUGCUUUGCGUUUUCCCUAACAAUGCCUUUCAGCUGAGACUUGUUUCAUGCACAGCCUUUUGUAUCUUAUUGCUUAAAGGCAGGGUGCAUGAUCUCUGAAAGCCAAUGUUGACAUGUGAAAUCACCUAAAUAAACACGCCCCUACCCCAAUAGAAUCUGGACCUUCUUUUGAUAGACCCACGCCACACAUAAACAACCCAGGCAACAAUGUUGUUUUGUAGACACGCCCCUUACUGCUGAUUGGCUACAAGUGUGUUUUGGUAGUCGGCCCGACACUCUUUUCCAAAGCGUUUUUCAAAAAUCGUGCUCCGCCUUUAAUGAAUACUCAUGUA